AUGCUCAGAAAUGCUGCACUUGUUCUCUUAGCGGUUUGCAGCGGCCAUUUCAAAGAAACCAUCACAAAGACAAGAGAAAGAUCAGAGAUCAGAGAAGCACCCAUUCCCAAGAUGCUGGGAUCCUGCCUUCUGAGAAGACCCAUCCUUACAGUUCCUUUAGUUUUUGUGGUUGCACUACUUGUCACGGAGCCUGUUAGAGCUGACCAAGAAGCAGGAACAGCCAUACCAGCUGAAAGCCGCCCUUGUGUUGAUUGCCAUGCCUUUGAGUUCAUGCAGAGAGCUCUGCAGGAUUUAAAGAAGACUGCCUAUAAUCUAGACACAAGGACAGAAACUCUGCUUCUUCAGGUGGAAAAGAGAAAUCUGUGUGACUGCGUAGCUGCCAAUCUCCUGAACUGA